AUGCCUUCGAAGACGAACGUAUCUGAUGUUUCAAGUGCCAAUGCAACUAAUGGUUCAGUCAAACCUCCUUCUGGAAAAGACACAAACACUUCAUCGAACGGAUACACUGGCUCUCACUAUCCGGUGGCUGAGACUACAGAUGAAAAGAAGAAACGAAAAGAUGAAUUGCUGAUCGGUUUUGGCUCACAAUUCAACAAAAUUUUUCAAGCAUGA